AAAUACUACCGCCAUGAACUGACAAAACACACAACUGGGAUCUUUAUAGUAUUUGGCCUAUUUUACCGUUUGAUAACUUCUUGAGAAGAUGCUUCCAGCACCUGCAGUCUUUCAUUUCCCUUGGGAAGUCAACUCUGGUGCAGUCAAGGAGGGAGGCUCAGUGAGAACAUUUGGAAGAUUGGUGAGUUACCAACCAGAGGAAUCGACGGCUACACUAUCUGCCCAGAAUGCAGCAACACAGCACCAAGUUGUUGUUCAGACUACAUUUGUGGAGCCCUUUGAACCCAUCAUUGGAGCCCAGUACCUAGUUGUGGGGGAGAUUGAAAAUGCAGAGGGAGGUGAUGGUGUGAUGGUCCGUGCCCGUGUGCUGAACUGUGUGGAUGGGGUGAACCUAGCCCUGCUACAGAGAGCUGUCAAUGAACAGAGGAGCUACUUCAGAGAGAGGGUGGAGAGCAAGGGAGAUGCUGCUCCUCCCGCUCACCCACGUGCUCCUCCCUGACCUGGACCCCAAUAAGAAUUAAUCAGUCACAACCGUGCACUGAUACAGUGCUACUGGUGGAAAGUUAUGAACCAGGUUGAAUUGAAUGUCCUUUUGUACAUGUUGUAAUGUUAAAUGACCUCAUUUAUACCUCAGAUGGAUUGUGUCAAAAGGUCAGAUUUUAUUAUGGUUGGGACAUUUGCCCAAAUAGCUGAUUACAUGGGGAUGUCAAGGAUUAUGAGACUGUGCCUCUAGCUAAUUUAGAAUGGUGAAGGGUGGAAUUGUGCUAUAAAAAGACGUCUGAGGAAGUCCUGAUUGAUACAUAAAAGCUGCUUGUUCUGGUGCACUGUAAAGUCCUGCCAUUAUUUGUCAUACGAUAUCAGUUCUGGAAGACACCCUCUUCCUCCUGACAGUGUUGGGUCAGGUGUAUAAAGUAGGUCAAGAAAAUGCAUACUUACAUUUAUUAUUGUAGCUAAUCUAAGAUCAGAGAGAAUGUUUGAUGUGGCCAUUUAUGCAAUGGGUACAUUUGUGAAUGAAAACUGAUAUGUAGCUUGGAAAUGUAUCUUUGUGAGAAACAUAAAUAAAUUAUUCUUGAUUUAAUAUUA